GUCGACUUGCACUUCAGCCACCGCGUCUACACUGAGUACAGCUGAGACUCGUCAGACUUGCUAGCCAUGGCAAAGGGAAAGAAUGUCAACCCCGCCGAUGCGUUUCGCAAGGCCCAGCGAAAGAAGGAGCUGAAGAAGAAUAAGGCUGAUCGGUCUAAGGCCCGCGACUUCGCCCUGGUGAAGAAGGACACAAUAGAUCUGGAAGAUGAAAUAGUGAAACUCGAAGCCGCUUCUGAGCCCUCUGCAGCAGACAGAUCACGUCUUACAGAACUCAAGGCCGAGCUGGAGAAGAUCAACAAAAAGAAAGAGGACUACGUCACAGAGCAUCCUGAGCAUCGGAAGCUCGUGUUCAAGUCUCGCAAGCCACAGAACAGCGGGGAAGAGAAAGCAGAGGCUGCGCCCACUCCCAAGUCAAGAAAUCUGUUCAAUAGGCAUGGAUUACCCCGACAUCCGGAGCGGAGUAUCUACUAUGACCCUGUAAUGAAUCCGUAUGGCGUCCCACCUCCUGGAAUGCCGUAUGUUGAGAGACCGUUGCGUCCCGACGAAGUUGCAAGCGACGAAGAAGCCGACGCAGACGACGAUGACGACAUAGUCAUGCCAGAAGGAUCUCCUCCCGGUGCCGAUGACCAUGAGGAUAGCGACGACGACAUCCCCAUGCCAGAGGGCCCCCCACCUCCCAAAGGCGGAGUUAGUCAAGGUUCUCCUCCACCUCCAUUAUCGCCUACACCCGUGCCACCAGCAUUUGGCACAACCCCUCCGCCUCCUCCAAAUUUCCUUACUCUUCCGCCAAUGCCCAUCCCUCCCCCUCCGACUGGCUUUCCUCCUGGUUUCCCCGCCCCUCCGCCAUUCCCACCAGCGUUCUCCCAUGUUCCGCCUCCGCCCCCUGGGAUACUUUACACGUCCCCACCGCUUCACUUGACUGCUCAGCCGCCAAUGCAGCCCAACCUUCUCCCGGUGUUCCCUCCAAUGCCCCCUGGCGCACCGCCGCCUCCACCAGGAUUCUCUCAGAUGCCUCCACCUCCCCCUGGCUUCUUCCCGAGGCGAGCCCAAUCAUCUUCUUCCAUGCAAGACCCAUUGUCGUCUAUUCCGCAUCAGACCUUCCAAGCACAUCGUGUAGCCAGGAAUGGUCAGCCCAAUCAAACUUCCCCGCCGCUCCCAGGCCAGUCCCGCCCUUUGUCUGGGGGUGUCUCACUGUCCACCGCUGGUCUGCCACCAGCGCCCGCAGCAGCUGCGACGAUUGAGGCCGCUCCUCAGCUGCGUGAUUUCAAGAAGGAAGCGACGGCCUUCGUGCCAGCCGCUCUGAAGCGGAAGAAGGCUGCGACGGGUCCGUCGUCGAAGAUCAAUGCUGCCCCGUCCUUGGGACAAAAAGCCGAUUCGGAGGAGCCAGAAGCUCCGGCCGCUGCCAGGCCUGACUUGAUGAGUACUUUGAAGCAGAACCUGGGGUCGGCUGUAAGCGUCUCAGCAGCAAAGAGCGCGGACGCUGCUGUCAAGAGUUCGGCGGCUAAGCCCAAGGAUGACUAUGCGAAGUUCUUGGAGGAGAUGGGUGAUAUGCUAGGACCGAAGACAUAGUGUUAGUAUAGUGUACAUAGCUGUACAACAAUUGGUGUAAUUUAGGAAUCACGUUCAAACGUUCUUCCCCAGAUCAUGUCGUCUACCUUGCCGGUGUGAAUGCAUGAAUCGAUUGCCUACUACAAUAUGUCUAGCGUACCUUUAGCUAUACUUCGACGGACCACAGUAGUUGACCGCGUACACGUUCGAGACGGCUGCACGGGUGUCACCGUGGUGUGUGGCGGGAUGCACGCGUCGCGACGCGGUAGUCACAGUGGAUGUGUCAUGAGCGGGGAGCCGUGACUCCACCACGACGGGAU